AUGACGAGCAAACGGAUCGCAUUCAAAGUGCAUGGCACGGUGCAAGGUGUCGGUUUUCGAGACUUUACACAGAAAUGCGCUAUCAGCCAUGAGCUGACCGGCUUCGUCCGAAACACUACCUGCGGUCGAGUCGAGGGCGAAGCCCAGGGGGAUGAGGCAACUGUGCAAAAAUUGCUCCAGCAGAUAGAUAAAGGUCCCCGGCAUGCCCAUGUGGUCAAGUUGGAGAAGCGGGAGAUUGAUCUACAGGAGGGCGAGGACAACUUCUAUGUGAUGCGGACUAUGGAGUCGCGCUUUGGUUCAGAAGAUUGA